AUGGAUCAAAUACCGGAUGUGUCGAUUACCUGCAGCGAAGUGCGUAUACAAGUUCCAUGGGGUCAUAUAUCAGGCAGAUGGUAUGGCGAUCAAAAUGAAAGACCUAUUAUAGCAUUACAUGGAUGGCAAGAUAACUGUGGAACAUUUGCCAAAUUGGCGCCGUUGAUAGCACCAUAUCGUAGCCUAUUAUGCAUUGAUUUACCCGGUCAUGGACAUUCUAGUCAUUUGCCGCCAGGAAUACUUUAUCACAACACUGAGUAUGUUCGUGUAAUUUUACGUCUUAUGCAAAUAUACAAAUGGAAGAAAGUAAGCUUAAUGGGUCAUUCUAUGGGUGGAUCAAUCGCCUUUCAUUUUGCUGCACUCUAUCCGAAUCGAGUCGAUAUGGUCAUUAGUUUGGAUAUAAUUAAAAAUGUAUAUUGGCCCACAGAUGUUGUGCCAACUUUACUAGCCCAUGUAACGGAAAAGGCAAUCAUCGAUAAUGAACGGCUGCUAAACAACUCUGAUGCUUCAGAACCACCAAGCUAUACAUUCAAAGAAUGUGAACAACUUCUGUAUGAAGGCUCACAAAAAUCCGUUGAUUUGGAAAAUUGUAAAUAUAUAUUAGAACGAAAUAUAACAAAAUCCGAAUUAUAUCCAGACAAAUAUUAUUUUUCGCGAGAUGGCCGUGUUAAAUAUUUGUCAGAAUUUAAUCCCAAUACAGGAAUGGCUUUGGAAAUGGCCAAACGCAUUUGCCAGAAAGCGAUACCAUAUUUGGUAAUCAAAGGCGGAGAGUCAACGAAUGUUAGUGCUAAAACGACCGAACUAGAUGAAUAUAUGUCGAAAAAUAAUCAUUGUUUUGAAAGUUAUAUGUAUCCAAAGGGGACACAUCAUCUACAUUUGAACAAUGCCAAGCCAGUGGCACAAAUAAUCAUUGGGUUUUUACAAAAGCACGAUAAUGAAGCAUCUAAAGUAAUUAAAUCUAAAUUAUAA